AUGGCAGCUGAAAAAGCCGUCACGCUCACCUUCCUCUCCGACCUCACCCCGCCCUCCCUCGAACGCGCCUGGCUCACCUCACCACAUCCCACCCUCCCCCUCGUCGCAACCUGCAGCUCCGACAAAACCGUGCGCGUGUACUCCCUAACAAAUUUCCGCCUCCUUUCCACCAUCUCCGGUGGCCACAAGCGGAGCGUCCGCACCUGCGCCUGGAAACCCAACAUCUCCGGCGAGAGCGUCCUUGCAACGGGGAGCUUCGACGCAACCGUCGGUAUCUGGCGGUGGUGGGAUAAUUACGAGGAGACGGCGCGGCAGCGACAACAACGUAAUGGCGUUCAAAACGAGGAUUGGAUAGAAGCCGAGGGAGGUGAAGAGGAAGACGACGAGGAGUGGCGAUUCGCCGUGCUCCUCGACGGACACGACAGCGAGGUCAAGUCCGUCUCGUGGUCGGCGUCUGGUGCGCUGCUUGCUACGUGCUCGCGGGACAAGUCGAUCUGGAUCUGGGAGGACCUUGAUGACGGGGAUAACAAUUUCGAAACCGUUGCUGUGAUGCAGGAGCAUGAGGGGGAUGUCAAGUGCGUGGCGUGGCACCCUACGGAGGAGUGUCUUGCUAGUGGGAGCUACGAUGAUACGGUCCGGAUCUGGCGCGAGGAUAUCGACGACUGGGGACAGGUUGCUUGCAUUCGGGGUCAUGGGGGAACAGUUUGGGGUGUCGAUUGGGAGGCUACUGAGAAUGUUCCUUCUUCUUCAGACGCCUCAUCUGCUCAGGUGGAGUCAUGGAAGCAGUGGCAUGCGCUGGCCGGUCCCCGUCUUGCAACUUGCUCGCACGACAAGACUGUUCGUGUCUGGCGACGACAACCCAAGGCACCGGCGAGCGCUCUAGGAGCGAGUGGAAUCCCGAGUAUCAUUCGGCCAUCGGGGACAGACGAGACCUGGGAAGAAGAUGCUAUUCUCCCAACAGCGCAUGUUCUCUCCAUCUACGCUAUUGCUUGGAGUCGCCGGACGGGCCUGCUGGCGUCGGUGGGUGCUGAUGGACGCAUCGUCGUGUAUGAGGAGCGAUUUGUGUCCCUAACCAGUGAGCCUAUGGAGACUGACUCUUCAACUCCUGCUGAGGUGGAGGCUACGGCACCACAUCUGUCUACGGAGUGGAAGAUAAUUGCAAUUGUGGACGGGGCUCAUGGAAUCUACGAGAUAAAUCAUGUUGCGUGGGCAAAGCGGGCUGAUCGAAGUCGGGAUGAAAGGAAGGAAGAGGAAGUGCUGGUCUCCACUGCGGAUGAUGGGAGUAUCAAGGUUUGGAGUAUUACGCGGUAA